AUGGAUGAACCGGGAAUCCUCCGCACUGUGACAAGGCUUGACUCUCGAGCGCUCCGAGCCGAGCAGGCAUAUGCGAAGCUUGAGCAAGAGGUCAAGACUCUGCAAGAGAGCCUAAGACAGUCUAGGGAGGAUUUUGAUCACGUUGCUCGCCUGCUAGAAAUUUUCUACGACCUCAAUCAACGAACCGGGGCUGUCGUGGACUACCUUCUUCGGGAGCGUGGGGUGCGAGAUAAAGAGGGGGAGCCACAAUCUAUCCAGAUCAUGCUGAGUGCUAUAUUGAAAGAGCUAGGGGAGGACGAGGAUACCGAACAAAGUUAA